GUGGCGGAGAGUGGGCCUGGCUCGCAGUCAUUGGUCGCGCAGUCCCAGAGGGUGGAGGGACGCCGCGCGGGCCGGGCACAGACAGCCCCGGGCCCACUCCCGCUGUGCCCGCACCCUGUGCGCUCACACCAAGCGGCGCAUCCUCGCGCGCUGCAUUCCCAGGAACCGAGAGCGAGCAUCGCCGAGACAGGGGCGCCGCCCCAACCCAGCGUGGAGUCGGGAUCUGCAGGCCAAUCAUCCAAGGCUCUAGAGUGGAGAACCAAGAGGGUCAUCAGUCCUUUCCUGGGGACUCAGCACGCGCACACUGACGGCUGGCGUUGUUCUGCCCUGUGUUUUCAAGAGUCUUCUCGCCUGUCUUCGAUAGCUCCAAAUCCGAAGAAGUUUGUCCCGGCGCUGAACACUUGGGUUCCCAGCGGUGAUUUCUCAGUACCCUGCAAACCCAUUUCAGUGGACACCUGAGCCCCUGCUGCUGCCUUUGUUUAAAAACCAAGACAUUCUUUGUUGUGCCAAUUCUCCAGGCUGUGAUUUCUGCUGCUGCUAUCAUGAAAAAGCAACACCAGUUCCUUCCAGCUUAAGCCCUGUGUGGAACUGUGGCUGUUAAUACACCUGCUCAUCCUCACCUCAUAGAGAUGUCUGAGGCUGACCCCUCGUCUGGAUUCGCGGGAAGCGUGGAGAAUGGAACUUUCCUUGAGCUCUUUCCCACAUCGCUGUCCACAUCAGUGGACCCAUCUUCAGGCCACCUGUCCAAUGUCUACAUUUAUGUAUCCAUAUUCCUCAGCCUUCUAGCCUUCCUGCUUUUGCUAUUAAUCAUUGCUCUCCAGAGGCUCAAAAAUAUCAUCUCCUCCAGUUCCUCCUACCCGGAGUAUCCAAGUGACGCUGGGAGUUCUUUCACCAAUUUAGAAGUCUGUAGUAUUUCCUCUCAGAGGUCAACGUUUUCAAACCUUUCAUCCUGAAGAAGCAGAAGGAUAUUUCAAGCACUCCCAGCUUUGGUGUUGCUUCAUGAAAGAAAUGACCCAUUUGGGUAGACCUGAUUUCCUCCUUCAUCUUUGAUUUCUUUUCUGUUCAGGAUGCUUUUCAUUUGUGAGAGGAGAAGCUAAUGGAGAUGCAUGCAAACUUUGAGGUGUAGAACUCCUUACACAUUGCUUGGUCAACCUGGACCUGGCUUCUUAGAGACUCGUCAGCCCUUGUCUGAAUGCCGUGGACUCAACUUAGAAAGGCUUUCAGGAUACAGUCUCUUGUUUUUUGCUGCUCUCGUAAUACUUUAAUGCCAGCUGAACCAGCAGAACCUGGAAAACUUAAGUCUGAACUAUUUAGAGAUAUUUUCUGUAACUAAAAGAAAAAACAGAGACAUUAAAUUUAAAAAGAGCCAACUUAGACUUAACAAGUAACAUUUCCAAAUGGAGGUUAAAAUAUGCUAAAUGUUUUUUCUUUAAUUUCACCUUAACAAAUAACUAUCACAUGUAUUGAUGAACAGAAGUCAUAUGGAAAAGUUCAGGAGAAGUUCAUAACGUUUUAUAGCAAGAGGAAUAUGUGUUAUGAUGCAGUUUGUAGUGCUUUUCUGCCUCCUGGGUUUCCUCUGCUACUCAUGUUGCAGUUGCAAUACUCAUUGGUUAUGGAAUUCUUUGUGAUAAUUGCUGAUGCUAUUACUAAGUAAAGUACCCAAAGAGGCAUAAUUAGUUUUUAUUUCAAGUCUAUCAUUUUCAUCCAGUGGGAAUUAAGCAUAGAGAAACACUCGUUGAAUUGUAUUUUGCACAGUAAUAACUCUCAGCAGUUGUGAGUAUUCCUUCAUUUGACUUGUCUUUAAAGCUUCACUGCAGAACAAUAUCGUCUCUAAGGUGUCAAAUAUUCAGUCAUACACAUUAGCUUGCAAAACUUAGGGACUUUAUUGUGUAUAUAUGUGCUAUGUAAUCUAUGAAUGUGACAUGUCUCUGAUAAUUACUUGCUGUAUGUUGACAUAAUACUCUGCACUAAGGUUUGAGGAUGCAAGUUUAUACUAAAGGCUUCAGAUGUGCCAGUUGGGCAGCUACAGAUAGCUCCAUGAUGCUGGUAGUUGCUCUGCUGUGGUAGCCAUGGGUAUCCAUGAAUGGAAGCACACCUGUGAGCACAAACAUGGAAUGUGGUGGGAACCAGGCAAAGCAGACUAUAACUCCUUAAGAAUAAGAAUUUGAAAUGUAAUUUUAAAAAAUAAAUGGUCUACAGCCUGAACACAGUGCUGAGUGACCUCUGAAUAUUGACGUGCCAGCAUAUAAGCCUUUCUAUGGCAACCAACUUAUCCCCAAACCAAAACAUUUAAUACCCUUAAUCAGCGAAGCUUCAUUGCACCCCAUGGAUUGAUUGUGCAGUCAGUACACCCCAGGAACAAGAAUGGAAGAAGCAGUUCACAUUUACAGGAUCUGUCCAUCAUUCUAGAAUGAUGGUAAGGAGAAUCAAAAGAGACCUUUUAAAUCCACAUUCAAAUCAGGCCACAUUUGGCUACUUAUGUAUCAAUAACAUCUACAAACACUAUGAGACCAGCACAGAGCUGUUGCCCUAAGCUGUGUAAUCAGAUGAAAAUCUUAGCUCUGCUGCCAUCUAAAGUAUGACAGGAGUUGACUGUCAAUACAUAGUAAAAUCUUUAGACUGGAAACACUCUGCAGUUUUAAGUGGUUUAUCAUUCCCUGAGUAUAUGUGCAUAUAAAUCACACACAGACACAUAUAUAUAUUCUCAUAUUGCCAUGAGGGUUACAUAAACAUCUGUACUAUCACUUCUAGCUUUUUUGUUAUUCUUGUGCUAUUUUGGUUAUUGAGGCUACUGGGAGAAGAGAUUUUUAAAACUGAAACACCCUACCAAACAGUAUGACCUGAUAAUGACCUGUCCUGAGGUAGCUUUACAUCCUUUACUUCUGGAAUAGAUUCAAAGAUAUCUGACAGCAAAACCACUUGAGUUGAGCCCACUCACCUCUGCAGGUGCACUCUCACCUCUCCCCCACAUGACUAUAACUCUCCACUGUAAGUGCAGUAACUGUGAGCAACACUCAGAGAUGGAAAAUAGGAGUCACCAUUACAAAUUGGACAAAGGAACAUUGUACAACUUGAGAUGAAUUCAUUUUGUUGAAAAGUUGGGAGAGAUUGGAAUACAGGUAUAUAAAUAAAGAGGCGGAGUCCA